UUAAUUAAAAAUAUAAAAAAUAUAUUUAAUUAACAGGAGGAAAUAUAUUCUAUUUCAUUUGCUUGUAUGAAAGUUCAAGAUCUAGGGUUUUUGCUGUGUUAUAUCAUAGAUCAAUUGUUGAUAAUCUGACAAGUGGUAACCUAUUGUUCAAAUUUUUAUCUUUAAUUAAAAGUUUCAAGUCAAUUGACAGCUGGAAAGAAGGUGCGCGCGUUGGUGAAGAUUGGCGGGGUAAGGGGGUGAUGCUCUAGGGAUUGUGAUUGACGUAGCCAGCGACGAAGAGCAUCAAAGCAGAAGGAGGGUCUUCCGUUCCGGCAUAAUAGUCUCUGUGUAAUAGUCUUGUGGUGCACAAACUAAGCUUCUCGAAUUUUUCCUCUCCCCCACAACAGCCAUUCAAUUAUCAUCAAGAAUUUUUCAUUGAAUUCAUCUAAAGAAAUUGUGAUUUCGCAAUUGAUUAAUUCACCAUGGAUGAGGAAUACGACGCUAUUGUUCUCGGCACCGGUCUCAAGGAAUGCAUCCUCUCGGGAAUGCUGUCUGUCAGCGGAAAAAAAGUGCUACACGUCGACCGCAACAAGUACUACGGUGGCGAAUCUGCUUCCAUCACGCCCCUUGAAGAUCUCUUCAGCAAAUUUAAUACACCACCACCGGACGAGAGUUAUGGUCGAGGACGUGAUUGGAAUGUGGAUUUAAUUCCUAAAUUUUUAAUGGCAAAUGGAAUUUUGGUGAAACUUUUAAUUCACACUGGCGUAACACGUUAUUUAGAAUUCAAGUGCAUCGAAGGUUCUUAUGUCUAUAAAUCCGAUAAAUCGGGAAAAAUUGCCAAAGUGCCAAUUGAUCAAGCUGAGGCAUUGUCAAGUGAUUUAAUGGGAAUGUUUGAAAAGAGACGCUUCAAAAGUUUUCUUACAUGGGUGCAAAAUAUGCAAGAGGAUGAUCCUAAAACAUGGGAUGGUUUUGAUCCAUUCAGCAAUAGUAUGAGCGCACUUUACAAUAAAUUUAAACUUGAUAAAAAUACCCAGGAUUUUACUGGACACGCUCUUGCACUCUACAGGGACGACGAUUAUAUUGGAAGAAGUGCAAUAAAUACGGUUCGUAAGAUAAAACUUUACAGUGAUAGUUUAGCCCGUUAUGGAAAAUCGCCAUAUCUUUAUCCAAUGUAUGGCUUAGGGGAACUUCCUCAAGGAUUUGCACGUCUAAGUGCCAUUUAUGGAGGAACCUACAUGCUAGACAAGCCGAUUGAUGAAAUAGUCGUAGAAAAUGGAAAGAUUGUAGGCGUUCGUUCAGGAGACGAAAUAGCUAAGUGCAAACAAGUUUUCUGUGAUCCCACCUAUGUGCCUGAUCGCAUAAAACGAAAUGGCAAAGUCAUUAGAUGCAUUUGUUUGAUGGAUCAUCCAAUUUCAAAUACAGGUGAUGCAUUGUCAACUCAAAUCAUCAUACCCCAAAAACAGGUGGGACGUCAUUCUGACAUUUAUGUGUCAAUGGUUUCGCACACACAUCAAGUUGCUGCGAAGGGUUGGUUUAUUGCAAUGGUUUCCACAACUGUGGAGACAGAUAAUCCUGAACUUGAAAUAAAACCCGGUCUCGAUCUAUUGGGACCAAUUAAACAGAAAUUUGUAUCGAUUUCUGAUUAUUUUGUACCGACAGACGAUGGUAUUAAUAGUCAAAUUUUUGUUUCGGAAAGUUAUGAUGCCACGACACACUUUGAGACAACUUGCCUUGAUGUCCUCGACAUUUUUAAACGCGCCACUGGCGAAGAAUUUGAUUUGAAUAAAGUGAAACAUGAACUCGGUGACGAGGAUCAGUAACUGUAAGAAAAAAUGAAAAAAGCCCAAAAUUGGUCUAUUGAAUAAAGAAAAAAUUUUUGACAAAAAAAAAAACAUCUCGUACUAUACUGUGUAAAGAAAAAAAAAAACUCGCUCUCUUGUGUCUCAAGUUGCUGCGAGCGGAGCCUAAGAAUUCCACAAAAUUCUUACAUCCUCAAAAUAAAAAAAUGGGGGUUUAGGUAAAGAUUUUUUAGGGAAUAUAUUUUUUAAGUUAAAAAAAAAUAAUUGUAUUGAGAAACAAUUCUCAAUGUCAAUAUAUUUUUAAGUUUAGAGGAAGAGAAGAAUAAAUUUGGCAAUAUGUCCAAAAAAAAAGUAAUUGCAUUUAACGAACAAAAGGGCGACGAGAUAAAGAGGAGGGAGAGGGGAAAAAGAGAAAGAGGUCAAAUACAGGAAUUUCCAACAUCUCAAAUCAAUACUUCUUACCUAAAAAGUCUUACAAUAAAAAAAAAUAACAUUAAGAAGAAAGUACAAGUGUUGACGCGCAUCUAAGCGAAGAUAUUGCAAAUGUACCAUAUUUUAACUAACGAAUGUUAUACUGGUUAUACAUAAUGUAAACGAAUUGUCUAUUAUGAGUGUGACCGAUACGAGAGAAAGAGAGAGAAAGAAAGAAAGAAAGAGAGAAAGGAAAUUUAUUCAAGUACCUCCUAAGUGAACGAUCUCGUUAAAAAAAAAAUAAUCCAAAUUUAGAAACGAUGAAUUUUUCUUCAAGCCGUCGUUUUUAAACAAUUACGAUCGUAACGACAGCAGGCCUUCGUUUAGAAAAUGAUCUAAAUUAUUGUCAUACCUAGCAUUAUUAUUAUUAUUUACUAUUAUUAUUAUUAUUAUCAUCAUAGUAAUUAUCAUUGUAAAGAAACUGCAAAAAAUCUGUAUACAAAUUGUAUACUAUAUUAAACUUUAUACAAACAAUGUACACUUAUAAUGUUAUAAUAAUUAUACAUUAUGCAUUAUUAUUAUAUAUUAUAAUAUAUUAUUAUUAUUAUAAAAUUAUAUUAUUAUAUAUAAUAAUAUUGUAUAUAUUAUAUAAUGUAAUGUUAUAAGAAUCUUAUCAGAAUCGAAUGGUUAUUAUAAUACGGGCUGCAUGUGCUAUGGGAAAAACUAUUUUAGAAUUAGGGGAAAGUACGUUAAACACAAAUAAAAAGAAUAUGAAAAAUUAUUUGUGAUAUGUGUGAAUGUGCAAUGUGGCGAAAAACUGGGCCGAAAAAGUACGAAGCAUUAUCAAUUUUACAAACUUUAACAAAUAUUAUUGAAGCAUUUUUCUCUUUCGUAAAAGCUUAUAAUAUACAAUAAUAAAUUUUUGCUUUUUCAUAAAUGUGUCGUGAUAAUUGUCGUUAAUUGUUUAUUAUUAAAAGAAAAAAAAAAAAAAAGAAAAGCAUGUUUACUGUGUCUGAAUAAUUAAAAAAAAAAGUUUUUGCCGUGCUUCCACGCCCUUGCAUAAUAAAGCUAAAAUUCUAGCUACACGUGAAUCAACAUAACGUACAAUCUCACAAAUUAUCAAAACAUAAAAAUAUCCGUUUCGCCAAGCGAAACAUUUUCAGGAUAUGGCGAUUACUGUAAUACGAGAACCUUACAAAUAAAAACAUAUUGUGCUACUUUCUCUCUUA